UUAACCCUCUUCUUCCGGCCAGUGAAACGGAGGAAAGCUAUCAAGAUCGGUUCAGGGACUCAGCGACGAGCUGGACAAGCUCAUUCUGAAGUAGUGGUCAACACUGGCAACGAAUUAUCACCAGAAGAUGCAGAACUAUUCGAGACACUUUGUGAGGAAAAUGAGCAAGGUUUGGAUGAGGGUCAACAAAUCCAUGACAUGCACAUUGCUGUCACUGUACGUAACCAAGCAAUCGAGGAGAUGAGAAGUAAGGGAGUCAUUCUACAGGAUGGUGAACUCCAGGAGGCAGAAAUGGUCUUGUAUAAGGUUGCAGGUCUUGCUAAACGAGUGAAUGACAAUGCCUUUCUGAAAGCUCGAUUCGAAUCUCUUGUUGAAGCAGCAGUAAAGGAUCAAGAUUCACCAAUUACUGGUGACAAACGUGUCUUAGCUCGUAGGGUUGCAACUCGGUGGAACUCAGACCUUGCAUGCUUGGACUCUUACUUUCUGUUAUAUCCGAUUGUUCAGCAGCUGACUGGAAUCAGAGAGUAUAAGCUUCAGAGCUUCAUACUCAGUGAUACACAGUUAGCUCUUGCAAGAGAGCUCAGAGAGGUACUUUCAAUUAUUGAGGAACCUACUUGUCUGUUUUCACAAGCAAAGGUUCCUCUUGUUGCAGAGGUCCUUCCAAUGCUUCUGGUUGUUCAACGAGCACUUAGGCAAGCAAGUGAGGAUCAGUCUCAACCACAUGUUUUCUGGAUUGCAGCACAUGCUGGGAGUAUUGUAUGUCAAAAGUACUAUGCUCUCAGUGAUGAAAGUGAGGUGUAUUACAUGGCUAUAGUUAUGUCUCCUGACAAGAAGAUGUCUUGGUUUCUUAAAGAGAAUUUCACACUUCAAGAAGUUACUGAGAUCCAGAAACUUGUGGUAUCACACUGGGAAGAGUCUUAUAAAAAGUACCAGCGUUCACUUGCUCAGUCAGUUGCAUUACAAAAUGCUCACUCAAAGGUAUUUUUUCAAACAUUUUCCAACACUUAUUCUAAUGUUUUCUUUUUAGAAUCGAUCUCGCUAUAUUGUUCAGGCAGAGGAGUCUUCAUCUAA